AUGGCGACUAUCUCGUUCUCGUACGCUUGUUUCAGAGCCAUCUUUCUCGGUGUUCUCAUCCUCUGCCUUACUCAUCCUUCCGCCGGAGUUCCUUUGGAAGAAUUGGAAAGAGCCAUCACAGUCCUCCGCGUCAGAGGCCGAGCUCUCUUCGCCAACGCCAUCAUCACCUCCGAUCUGCUCUUCGAUUUACUCUCCGUCGAGUCCCUUACACUCUUCAGCCCCACCGAUUCCACGCUCUUCGAUCUCGACAUGACUCAUUCUCUCUCCUUCUACGUAUCUACCCUCCGCCUCCACUCCGUACUCCUCCGCCUCCCGUUCUCCGCUCUCCAAUCCCUCCCCAACGCCUCCUCUCUCCCGACGCUCCUUCCCUCUCAUCGCCUCCUCCUCACUAAGCCUUCUUCCUCCAACGACUCCAUAUAUCUUGACGGUGUACACGUUCUCCUCCCUGGUAUGUUCUAUGGCCAACAUAUUGCCGUCCACGGUCUCGCCGAUAUCCUUCCACUCACGGCCCUUGCGUCUCCCGAACUUUUCGUUGCUUUGCCUCCUGUGGUGGAUCCGCCGGCAGAGUCACCGUGGAUUGUAGAUUCACGAUUUUCUCCGGCACCAGAGCCUUACUUCGCCUUUUCGGGUCGUACACCAGCAGAGACGCCGAGAGUUGAAGAAGUUUCACCAUCGCCAUGGAGAGAUGAGAUGAUCGUAGAGGAUGAAGGAGGUCCGUUAGAUAUGAAGAGUAACCACUUUUGA